ACCUUCCUCCAUUUCUACUCUACGCACUCUGUUUGAGAAAGAGAGAGAAAAUUUAAAGAAUCCCAUUUGUUAAACAAUUUCUUCUUCCAUGUCAUUUUUUUAAUUCAACAGAAAAGACUUAAGAAGAAUACCAUUUGCUUGCUUUUUUUCUCAUUUCUGGAACUCCCUAGGGUUUUUUCUCUCUUUUCUUUCUUCCUCUAUACACAACUCAUCCUCCAAUGGCGGCUAACUCAUCUCUUCUAAGAUCUCCUCCUUCGUCUUCUGUCUUUCAUUCCGAUUUCUCCGACUCUCGCUCCCUCAAUCAAUCUAAGGUGUUUUUCAAUGCUUCUAAUCAAAAUCUGAGCUCAUUCAAGUUUCAGACUAGUGUUUUCGGCGCUGGCGACUCUUGUUGUGUCCAGAAAUGUAGGUCCACAGGUUUGCAGCCGAUCAAGGCAACAGCUACCGAAAUUCCUCCAGCAGUUCAAAAAUCGAGGAGCGGAGGCAAGACAAAGGUUGGAAUUAAUGGUUUUGGCCGGAUUGGAAGGCUGGUUUUACGAGUAGCCACUUUGAGGGAUGAUUUGGAAGUGGUGGCAGUAAAUGACCCAUUUGUUGAUGCCAAAUACAUGGCUUAUAUGUUCAAGUAUGAUUCAACACAUGGCCCUUUUAAUGGAACCAUUAGAAUUGUGGAUGAUUCAACCCUGGAAAUCAAUGGCAAGCAAAUCAAAAUUACAAGCAUAAGGAACCCAGAAGAAAUUCCAUGGGGUGAUUAUGGUGCUGAGUAUGUUGUUGAAUCUUCUGGUGUUUUCACAACAUUAGAUAAGGCAGCUGCACACAAGAAGGGAGGUGCAAAAAAGGUUGUAAUAUCAGCUCCAUCAGCUGAUGCACCAAUGUUUGUAAUUGGUGUAAAUGAGAAAACAUACAAGCCAAACAUGGAUAUUGUCUCCAAUGCAAGCUGCACCACCAACUGUCUAGCCCCAUUGGCAAAGGUUGUACAUGAGGAGUUUGGCAUUGUUGAAGGUCUGAUGACUACCGUUCAUGCUACUACAGCUACUCAGAAAACUGUUGAUGGACCAUCAAUGAAGGACUGGCGUGGAGGCCGUGGUGCUGGUCAAAAUAUUAUCCCUAGUUCUACUGGUGCUGCAAAGGCUGUUGGGAAAGUCCUUCCUGAACUGAAUGGAAAGCUUACUGGAAUGGCAUUUCGGGUUCCGACACCAAACGUUUCUGUUGUGGAUUUGACUUGUCGGCUUCAAAAAGAUGCUAGCUAUGCAGACGUUAAAGCUGCCAUCAAGUUUGCUUCAGAAGGUCCUUUGAAAGGUAUUCUUGGAUACACCGAGGAUGAUGUUGUCUCAAGUGAUUUCGUUGGUGAUUCAAGAUCAAGCAUAUUUGACGCCAAGGCCGGGAUCGCUCUGAGCUCCUCUUUUGUGAAAUUGGUUACUUGGUAUGAUAAUGAGUGGGGAUACAGUAAUCGAGUUUUGGACUUGAUCGAGCACAUGGCCUUGGUAGCUUCCAGUUAAUUCAUUUGAACUUUGAAGCAAGGAACCGGAGUAUUGUCAUUAUGUUGCUUUUCCAGCGGCAAGCAUUUUAAAGUAGGUAGAGAUUGAUAAUACUAUAGUUUGCAUAAAUUUUGUUUUUUAAGCUCUAUACGCCUACGGCUUGUGAAAUGUCUCAUGCUAAUAAUAACGUACUUAUGGAAGCCACUGCCCCCGGCCAGGUGUGUAAACCUGUUGGCUUUAUAUGUAGGUGAAUUCUUUUGAGAACUUGUGGGAGGACAUAUGUCUGUUUUCUCGGUCUAAAUAUUAAAGGAAUUUUGGGCAACUUGUGGUUUGUGUUAAACAAAAACAUAAGCACUGGCGACUGCCUAUUUCCGACAGGAAGAGUCCCUCAAAGAAAACGAUUUUCUUCUAUGGAAAAUUCUAUAUGGUGAUCCGCUAUUUUUUGAAUUCUAUAUAGGGUUAUUUUUGGGAACUCUUUUAAUAACCUUUACCCUUGCUUUUUAAUGAGAACAUUCAUUCAAAAAAAUCGUCAGAUGUCAUUUUUCAUAACUUUUUUAGAAAUCAUUUUCAUUUGUUUUUUGAGAGAUUCCACAUGAUAUUGAUUUUUUAUUUUUCAAGAUGUCACCACUUGACAAUAACAUUGGAUCAAGGGUUUUAGUCUUUUAAUUCUUGUGUGCACAACUCCAGCUAGGAACUUAGAUGAGGGAUUACUAGCUGUCCUUUAAAAUAUUCUAUAAUGCUCCCCAGCUCUAUUUAAAUGCAUCCUAAAACAUGAUGGGUGAAAUUUAGUGGAAAUGAGGAUGAAGUUGAAAAAUAAGACAAAAAAAUAAGUUGAUGAUAGAAAUAAAUGGUUAUGAUAAAGAGAAAUAAUAAAUUUGUGGAUGAGCUUAAAAUUGAGUGAGGUCAUUACCAAAAAAACACUAAUUCUUAAAUGAGAUGGUCUCAUUGUGACACCAUUUCUUUUGG